UCGUCGUUUCUGCAAAGGUUGGCUGAGUGUUCAGAUCCCUGACACGCCCAUAAGGGCUGAAGCGCCGGGUUUUUCACAGACCGCACUCGAGAUACUCCGUGGUACCGAACGGGUUCCUGAGGUGCAUAUUGAGUCUUUUAAGAGAUUUUCACCAUAAUCGAGUUGGAAAAAUAGGAGGAAAGACGAGAUUGAAGAGGCAAAAUAAAGGAAUUUCUCUUUUAUUUAUCGUGCCUGCAGUGCUUCGGUCGGUAGAGGACAUUGGAAGUAACGAGUCAUGAUGAACCUGAGGCUGCUUGUCUUCAGCAUGCUGUUGUGCUGCUGUUUCUCAGCUCAAGAAGAGAACCAGACUCUGUUUUUUGGGGAAGACUUCCACAUCGCCAUACCGGAGGGUAAAGUUAAUGUAUCAUUCAGGCCAUCGAUUGGUCAAGAGCGUGAGAAGGGGCUAAUGACAUCUAGAGAGGUGAUCGAUAUUCGUGCCAAACUCAACGAUGGUUUGAGCCACCUGAUCUUGGAGAAUGUUGGAGAAAGUGAUGAAGGAGUCUACAUCAUCACUUCUGGCCAAAACACUGAGGACGUAACACGCAUCACACUUUUUGUGAGAGAUUGCUCUAGUGAGGUCAUCGUGAAAUAUGGUUCCGAUUUCCACGUAGUGCUGAAUGAUAUUUCUGAGCCGUUGCAAGUGGGCUUUCGUAACAGCACAGUGGAAGCCACUCAAACAUCGCUGCCGGGUGUGAACCUGCUGAAUGAUGAUGGAACACCCAAAGAGAAUUACCAGGACCGCAUCAUUGUGACACUUCAAAAAUUCACCCUUCAGGCAGUCACAGGCGACGAUGAAGGAAGUUACACCUUCGCUGAUUCCAAUGGAAAAGUGAAGAAGAAGAUCUGCCUAAAUGUGAAAUCCCAUCAGAUUUUUGUUACUCUUUCUGACGGUGGCACUCUGAAAAUAAAUUUGCUCUUGAAUAGCUCCUUAGCUAACCUGGUGUACACCCAUGAGGCUCAAAACACUAAAGAUGUGAUUCUGAAGAGGGGAAAGCUCAUGCUGCCUCCUCACUUGAAUUUCGAGGAUCGUCUCUCUUUGGAGGAAUCUGUUUGCAUUCUCACGGAGGUAAAAGCCAGCGAUGCAGGUAUUUUCACUGAGACUGACCUUCAGGGAUUCCAUGUGUCUGAAGUCUACCUGCGGAUAGAAGCAUACAAGCUUCCCAAGCUAUACAUUGCCAUCAUUGCUCUGGUGUCGUUACUGGUGUUGCUGCUGUUGGUGUGUUUGGUGUCAUGUUUGGUGAAGAUACGCAAACGUGCCACAAAGGCCAGAGCGAUUGAAGAGACUGCUAAGAAUGCAGGCAAAUUGGAGGGAGAUGCCUUCAGACAGGUUGUGAAAGAUGCCUGUACCAAUCAGAAUGAGGAAGCUCCAGCCCUGUCCCAGAAAGAAGAUAUCACUGAGAAAUCACAGAGCACUGAGGUCAGCAUUAAGGGUUUGGAGGUGUCUACUAAGGAGCCAAGUCUUCAAGAAAGAAAUCUUGAGACAAGUGACUCUGGAGUUGGCUUUAAUACUAGCGGCCUUCCACUUGACAGUGAUACCGAUGUACAAACGGCACCCAUUGCAGAUUCUGAAGUGUUAAGCUCAUAUGCCGCCCCUGAUGUCAAAACUGUUGCUAACCAAGUUUCAGAGCCAAAGACAGCCCCCUCACCUCCAAAACUAGCACCAGCUUCUGAUCUGAAACCAGCACCCAAGUCGACUGCUCCUCCACCACCAUCUCCUGAACCCAAACCACCUGUAUCACCAGAACCCAAACCUGCUGUGACACCCGAACCAAAACUGAACCUUGUCCCGAUACCUGACACGAAACCGACCUUAAGCCCAUCGCCAGAACCGAAGCAAGCUGUCACACCAGACCUAAAGCCAGAGCCCACCAAACCAACUGCAGAUGUUAAGCCAAUUCCAAGCCCAACUCCUGAACCCCCGAAGGCAUUAACCCCAACACCCGACGCCAAACCAGCCACUACUCCAGAUGCCAAACAAGCAGUCUCGCCUGCUCCCGAAGCUACACCAGCUAAAGUCAGCUCCCCUGCUGUGACCCCAACACCUGAUCCCAAAGCUGCUUUAUCUCCAGUUUCUGAGCCUAAAGCAACUUCACCUGCUCCACAAUCUAAACCACCAAUUGUCGAGCCAACCACGAAUGGCACACCUGAGUCCAAGGCUGAGUCUCCUAAGCUGGAUGGGAAGGACGUAGAGGCACCAGCUUCCGCUAAAACCCCUGAUACUGGGAAAAGCUCACUCAAAACUCCUGAGCUCAUCUCCAGCGGAGGUCUUUCUCCAGAAGGAAAACUAGACAUGGUAUCACCUAGUGACAUUGCACCAACCUCCAACGCUGACGGAGCCGCCACCGACUGAGAUUCAAACCGUAGCCUCUUUCCUGCCUCCUCCGAGUGUAUUAACCAACACAGACAAUCCAGACACUUGACUUACCAACAAAGAAGAGCUAAGUGACUUUGAAAGGGGGUGGGAAUCUUAAUUCUUUGAAGUCUCACUUUUAAUACGAUUAACAUGCAACAAUAGAAAUAUCCACUGUAAAUUCACUCAGUUUACUAAUAUUUAAUCACCCCGUGACAGUGUUAUAUAGAUCAAAUAGAUAGAAAAAGCUCUGCAGGCCUUACACCGUUAGAUAAUAACACCAAGGGUCGAAUUCACUAAACGGUUACACCACUUUUGCAAGUUGAACCAUUAAAGCGCUGGGAAAGCUUUAAGCUCUAGCUUUUGGUAUUACAUUUGUUCAGCACAAACACGCCUUCUUUCUAUGUAUUUAAGGUUUAUUAUAGUUUGUGCAUUUUCUGCUGUGACCACCAGUCCAAAGCAGAUGGUAUUGGUAUUGCAGAUGGUAACAGAAUUGCAUUUAAAGGGAAAUGUCACCCAAAAAUAAAACAUCUGUCAUUAUUUAUUCACCGACAUGUCAUUCAAAUCCUGUUAAUGACUCAUUCUUUUGUGGAACACCAAAUAUGUGGAGAAAUGUCUCAGUAGUUUUGUAUCCAUACAAUGAAAGUCAAUGGGAGAUAAUGUUGUUUGGUUACAAACAUUCUUAAAAAUAUAUAUUUUAUGUCUUCUGCAGUAGAAAGAAAGUCAAACAGGUUUGGAAUGACAUGAGGGUAAUGACAGAAUUUUCAUUUUGUAGGGAACUGUACCUUUUAAAGACACAGUUGUGUAGGUUUUCUAACAAGCAAGACAGCAGUAAUUAAUCAAAUGAUACUAAAAUGGCUUUGAGUGCUUUUACUGCAUUAUAAAGAGGUGAUUCAGGUGACUGGACCGCAUUGAUUUACAGGCAGUACGGUCCCUGUAAUUUAUGGCAAAUCACAGGAUUCUUCUAUAGUAUUUAUGAAGCAUAUCUUUCAGAAUUGGUUGGCAAGAUGGCAGAGAACAAAAUGCAUUCAGUACAAAUAUUUAGCUUUGUCUGCGGCAUUCAAUAUGCAUAAUAUCUGUAGUUAUUCAGGCAUUAAAACAACACAGACAACACAAAUCAAUCUUAGUGAAUUCCCCCAGGAUUGAGGGUGGCUGUCAGGGCCAUUUAAGUGUAUAAAGACAAACAUCCCUUCACAGAAAUAAUACAUCAUCCCUGCAUGAAGAUAGUGAGAAAAUAAAUUGUAUUAUCUGUUCCAUAAUGCAAGAUAACUGCAGCCAAACUUGGGAAAAGUGCACAGAAGGUCAAGGGACAUAAAUCAUUUUUGCUCUUUAUGAGAUUAUUUUGACAAAUUGUGUGAUUUGUUUGGAGAAAGCCAGCGAGUCAACCCCAACCUUUUUGAAAUUUACAAAAUUAUGUGUCAACUCAGAGAUGGUGUGACACCAAGAUCCAACCCUGCUGAAAAAUAAUAAAAUAUUAUUACAAUUAUUGAAACUCCCAACACAAUCGGAUACUUUGUGGCUGGAGGACCUGUGGCGAGUCUUACAUAUGGCACUGGUCCCGAUGGAUGUUCUUUACAGAUGUAACAAUCCACAUCUUCUAUUCAAACAAUAACAAAACUGUUGUCAUCUAUUAGCAAGUUUUGUUAAAAAAAAUCUCACCUUUACAAACACUCGGUGACACAGUACAGGUGCUUUGCUUCCGUGAAUGAGAAGUGCUCAGAUUAAAAGAUCUCAAUGGUCAGGCAGAAUAGCUUCUAAUACCUUUCUAAUCUCUUCAGAAUGUUGUCAUGUGGAUUUGCUGAUAGAGCCUCGAGUAGCAAUAGACGUGCUUUAUAAGAUCUACAAUGUUUGUUCUGGUUAAUUUACAAUGUUUCACAAGUGAUUCUGGAUUUACAGUACAGUCACAUCAACAAGAUAACAGCCUCACGUCUUAGUUUACAUAUAAUCCAGGUGCCUCUAGUGUAACCUGAACACCACUGCCGGUUAGUUGUACGUCCAGGAACCUGCUCUAAACAGCGUUUACGGAGGCUAAGAUUUAUGACAGUGAGUUUGGGAGAAUUAGAGGUUUGUGGCUAGAUUUUCUAAGCGCAGGUUAUCUUUACCUCACAUCAUGGCCUGAUUUAACCUGAACAACAUUUUAAGCUAUAUUAGCAUUAAAACGUUGACAAAAAAAGUAAACAAAAAGCACAAGUUGUGAAAUAGGAAUGAAAGUUUACAAUAUUCGAUUAUAAAUUAGAAUGACCAGGCGAUGCCUUUCCCCACGAAGCUCUGAAAAAACGGCCUUGUUCUUUCCUAGCCUUUAUCAGCUGUUGUAAUAUCAACGCAAGGAAAUAAGACCUGAAAGGCAUACAGUAUAGCAAGCGUUACAUCACAUAAUGUAAAUAAUAUAAUUAUUUGACACCGUCACAUUUAACAAUUAUUAAGUAAGAAGGGUUUUUCUGAACCUUUUUUAGGAAUGUUAUGAAGAUAAACCCCCUCACUCUGCUUGGAGAGAGCAGGCAUUGAAUUUAGCAAUUCUAAGCAAUACACCAAACGCAUAGAUACGCACACAUACAUAAUCAAAUAAUGACUUGUAUCGUGAGCUUCUAUAGAGUGAGAGAAGUUCCUGGUUAUUUUAUUACUCACGAGUGAAGUUAAAGCUGGCCACGUCAGGGGUUUUGACUUCAUGCAUUAAAAACCCAAUAAACAUAGGAUCACCGUCAUGGUCCCCUAAGACCAGGCUUCCCACUAAUACUAUUGGCUGUUGGAUGUAAGUGAGCUUGAUUUCAGAUGCCCUAAUUUUCAAUCUCCAGCAAAAUGAUGUCACUCUUUAAGUGCAUACCGGAAGUGCGCAUCACGCGUUUCCAGGCAGUCGAUAUUCCUCUGGUUACUCGCUGAAUCAACACAGUGUUUUAAAGCAUUUGAUCACUACCAAGAAUUGCAUGAAUUGAGAAACAUGAACCUUGAAGACACUGCCACUGAUAUAUUAGUCUUGAUUCAUGAUUAUUGUCUGUUUUGUAUUUUGUGUGCGACACAAUGUGCUCUUGAUGAAUUUUCAUGGGCCCUUUUGGACCUGUGGGCUCUUUGAAUUGUAUGAUGUUAUUCAGAAUUGGCGCCAUCAGCAGGCCCACCUAUAUUAUUUGUACUUGUGCAUGUGAGUUUGUGUGUGUUGGUGUGUUAGUAAAGCAGCAAUUUUGGUUGGAUAGAUGUAAUUCAAUGCAAUGUAGCAGUGUUCUCUCUCUCAUGUCUGCUAGUUAUUGCCUUUUAAUUGGUAUUAAACCAGAUGAAAUAUAAAGGAGGUUAAAAUGCGUCGCUUCCUACAAAGAAUGAGACGCUUUGAUGAUAUUUAACCCCCGAUUACUAAAUUCUGUUUUGAUACCGAGACAGCUGUGUGCUGUAUGUGAUUUUUGACUCGAUCCACACCCAAUACUAUGCGAUUGAAGUUUUUCAUUGCAUGCAGUAGAGUUGCGCUCCUAUAGUGUUUAUCUGUGCUAGUGUGGUCAUGCAUUUAUAGGCGGUAGUGUGUAAAUCUAUACAAGAAAACAGUACAUUGAUCCUUAUAUACACAGAGAACAUGGGUUUAGUGCGUCUCUUUGUGUAUCUGAUUGGAUAAUUUCAUUGUGUAAGAGUACAAGUGUCAGAUAGACAAAUAAAUAAGUAGUAUUGUAUUGUUUAUCAACCUGAAUCUACAUUCACAGAUGUGUGCGACCUGAUUGGUUAAUGUACAGUAAUUCUAAAAGGGCAUUUGGACGGUUUACCAGAGUUCUGUGGGUGUGCUUUAAAAUUAUUUCUCAAGGGUGAGGAUGAUAUCGAGUACGAGAAGUUAAGCUCCACGUCAACUCAAGUCCGGUUGUGUUCCACAGGUGCAUGAACGAUUUCUAACACUUGGUGCCUCUCGUCUCUUCUCCUUAUUCCACCUAUAAGUGAUGCUUAACUGUCUUCUUCUUUGCACAAACAUGACACAGUAACAUUUUGUAAAGAUAAGUGAUACAGUACUUCCUUUCUUUCAUGCCUAGAAACGAUAAUAAAAGAUCUGAGAAUGA